UGCGCGAACUUGGUUUCUUCCUGCUUGGCUUCUGCAGCUUUUCCUCUCUGCCUUUCUGUAUGUUGAUAGCGGCUCCUGCUCCCGCACGUGUGCCCCAUCCUAUGUGAAUCUCUCCUUUCUUCGGAUCAUUUUCUAAGCUCACCCUGCUCCGCCACAUAAGGUAGAACGUCGUAAAAUCCAACAAACAUGGGGGCUUAUCUGUCGCAGCCAAACACAACCAAGACCUCAUCCGAUGGGGGCAAUGGCAACCUGAGCUACGGCUUCUCUGCCAUGCAGGGCUGGCGUGUUUCAAUGGAGGAUGCUCAUAAUUGUAUUCCAGAAUUUGAUGAGGAAACUGCAAUGUUUGCAGUUUAUGACGGACAUGGAGGUGAAGAGGUGGCGCUAUACUGUUCAAAGUACCUUCCUGACAUCAUUAAAGAGCAGAAGACCUACAAGGACGGAAAAAUGCAGAAGGCCCUGGAAGAUGCAUUUUUAGCCAUCGACGGCAAACUGAUCACAGAGGAUGUCAUCAAAGAGUUGGUGCAGAUCGCCGGGCGACCCACCAAAGAGCUGCCCACGGAGAAAGUGGCAGAAGAGGACGACUUGGAUACAGAGGAGGCGGCGCUCCUCCAUGAGGAGGCCACGAUGAGUAUUGAGGAGCUGCUGGUUCGCUACGGCAAUGCUGUCAAACAUCCCUCUGCCAACAGCUCAGCUGCUAAGAAAUCGUCCUGCUCUCAACCAGAUUCCUCCGAGGACAAAGGAGAAGAAGGGAAGGAGCAGAAGAAGGAGAGUGUGAACGGAGAGUUGGAGGAGGAGAGCAAUGGGAAGCUCAAGAAAGGUGAAGGAGCCAGCUGUGGGUCAAAGUUGAGGACCUGCCGCAAAUCAGGAGGAGGUGGUGAAGGCAGUGGUUCAGCAGACUGUGGAGGGUCCGGCAGCUCCAACGGAGAAGACAAGGCUGGGAAGGCCGAAGGAGACGCAGGUCCGUCUUGCUCCUCUCUGUCCUCCAAGAGUAAGGCCGGAGAUUCCAAAUCCAAGUUUUUUGAUGACAGCGAAGAGUCUGAGGAGGGAGAGGAAGAGGAAGGAAGUGACGAAGAGGAUGUUAGUGAAGAAGAUGGUGACAGCAGCGAGCUGGACGAAGAGGAAGAUACAGAGGAAGGAGAGGAAGAUUCCGAGGACGAUGAAGAAGAGGAGGAGGAGAUGUGUCUGCCUGGGAUGGAUGGGAAGGAGGAGCCUGGUUCUGACAGCGGCACCACAGCUGUCGUGGCUCUGAUCCGAGGGAAGCAGCUGAUUGUUGCUAAUGCUGGAGAUUCUCGCUGUGUGGUGUCUGAACAUGGCAAAGCUGUUGACAUGUCGUACGACCACAAGCCAGAAGACGAGUUGGAACUCGCUCGCAUCAAAAACGCCGGAGGAAAAGUGACCAUGGACGGACGUGUCAACGGCGGACUCAAUUUAUCCAGAGCUAUCGGUGACCAUUUUUAUAAGAGGAACAAGGCGCUGCCCCCAGAGGAGCAGAUGAUCUCUGCCAUGCCAGACAUCAAAAUCCUGACACUCAACGAAGAACACGACUUCAUGGUCCUCGCCUGUGAUGGCAUCUGGAAUGUGUUGAGCAGUCAGGAGGUGGUGGAUUUCGUCAGUGAGAGGAUCAAACCAGAUCAGAGUGGUAACAGCCGACCUUUGUCAUCAAUAGUGGAGGAGCUGGUGGAUCACUGUUUGGCCCCUGACACGUCUGGAGACGGGACGGGAUGUGACAACAUGACCUGCAUCAUCAUCACGUUCAGUCCUCACUCGUGCCCCACUCAGAAGGACAACUCCAAGAGGAAGCACAGCGAGGCAGAGGGAAGUGAGCCGGGAGAGAAUGGAAACGACAGCAAAAGGGCUAAAAGCAAGCUAGCUUCCUUCUUGGUGGACACUUUUGACACUAAUGAAAUUGAUGGACACUUCUUGUGA